AUGGAGCUUUCAAAGACACUUAUCCGAACUGUGGCGCGAGCAUUUUACGAGACCCGUCACAUCUUGGUCGUUGAUGCGCUCUUUCUACAUUCAGUUCUUCACGCUGAGGAUCUAGCCUUUUUGAUGGGAAUGCAACAGAAAGAUCUUCGCAAGCUUUGCGCCAAGCUUCGAGAGGAUCGCUUGAUCGGAGUGAGCACACGCGCCGAGAUCCGCGAUGGCUCUACUCGCCCAGUCAAUCGCGAAUAUUAUUACAUCCCCCUACACCCGGUUGUCGAUGCGAUCAAAUUCAAAGUCUCCAAGUUGACAGCUAUCAUCAAAGCGCAGUACACACCGAGUGAAGAGCGCAAGGAAUACAUCUGCGUACGAUGCAAAUCCGAAUGGACCGAACUGGAUGUAUUGAGUCUGGUUGGAGAUGAAGGGUUCGAAUGUCAAAAUUGCGGCGCCAUCCUGGAACGGACGGAGGAUGUCAAGGGCGCGGAAGGGAUGGACCGUACGGGCCACGAGAAAAACAGUAAGCUUAUGGCACAGCUAGAUAACAUGCUCAAACUGCUCAAGCAGAUUGACUCGGUCGAAAUUCCGCCGAAUGAUUUUGAAACAGCGUGGGAUCACAAGGUGGAGGUUAUUCGGAACCAGAAUACACACCCAGUCCGUGCCGCGAUUGCUGUUCCUCCCAAGGCCCAGGAUAUCACACGUCCUAAUGCCAAGACGGAUGCCGCUGCACUGGAGAUCUCCCUCACCUCAAGCGAGGAAAAGAGUGCUGCCGAGCAGGCCGAUGAGGCCGCUCGUAAGGCAGCAUUGGAGAAGCAAAACGCACUUCCAGUUUGGCACACACAUUCUACGGUCAAUGCAUCCCAGGUUGGCAGUUCUCAGAUCAAGACCGACGUUGGCACUGUAGUGAAGCCUGAGCUUGUGGACGAGGACCAAAAACCUAGUCUGGAUGCUUUGGACGACAAGGUCGCCGCGUACUACGCUGAAAUGGAGCGCGAGAAGGAACUGCAGGCUCAAGCAGAUGCCAGUAGUGCAGAAGAUGAUUCAGAUGAAGAAGACUUUGAGGACGUCGAGGGGAUCUCUGGUCCAAGCGGACCGGCUACGCCCGCCAUGGCUGGCGGUCUUACAAGUGCCCCUACCACAUCUUCUGGGGGCGCUGGCACCAAGCGUGAACACGAACCGGCCGCUACUGUCCCUCCAUCAUCAAUUGGGACUCCGUCUGCGCCUGCCGACGAUGGACCUGCGGCAAAGAAAAUCAAGGUCGAUCCUGAUAUCAAGCCUGAUCCUGAUGUUAAAAUUGAGGCUGAGGUUAAGAAGGAGGCCGAGGAAUCUGAUGAGGACGAUGAGGAAUUUGAAGAUCUCCAUUUUGGAAGCCCAGGCGCGUUCCACGAUAUCUAUCAUAGCAGCAAAAGGUGGGACAAGGACACGGGUCUUUAUCGAACCCCCGGAGUCUCAUCUGGGUCAUUCACGUUCUUGAAAUAUGCUCAGGCAAAAGAACGACGGGAGGUGAUUCUUCCCAUUUUCUCCAAGAAAGCCAUAAAUAGUCUUGAGCAUCUCGUCUGGCGAAACGCAAAUCGUCUUGCAUCUUCUAUCGCCCAGACAAAUGCCACAAAAAGAUCUAUCGACCUACUCUACGCAUUCCGUUCCUAUACUCUCGACACUAUAAUGUGCUUCACAUUCGGCAACUGCGUAAACGCCCUGGAUGCGCCGGCAUUCAGCGACCCUCUCAUUCUAGCCAUGGACGCCAGCCUUCGUAUGCUGCCUCUCAUGAAGAACUUCCCUAUGAUACGAGACCUCAUAUUCACCGUUCCACCGGCCCUAGUCAUGCGCCUUAUCCCAAACGCCCAGAAACUAGCUCCACGCCUAUACCAGGUCCGGGAUCUCGUCCAACAACAGCUUCAAAUCGUCCUAAACUGCCCUUCGAAGCUAGAUACCGUGCCACACCAGACCCUCUUUCACCGAAUGCUCGACCCAGAAUCAUACCGGAGCAAGGAAGUCCUGAAUCUAGCAGAACUACAUGACGAAGGCUUCACACUCAUCUUCGCGGGCGCCAACACAGUAGCCGACACGCUGCUCAUGGGCCACUGGCAUGCAAUGCAAAACCAGACUUUGCUAACACAGCUGAGAAAUGAGAUUUUGACUGUCUGGCCCGACAUCGACAAACAGCCAUCCUUGACAGAUCUCGAGACCUUACCACUCCUCACGGCAACUAUCAAAGAAUCUCUGCGCUUUAUUCCAUCUGGCGUAUCGCUAACGCGUGUCGUACCACCAGGCGGCGCUGUGAUAGCAGGGCAACAGAUCCCCGGUGGGACGGUGGUGGGGAUGGCUAUCUUACAUGUGCAUCAGAGCGCGGAAGUAUGGGGUACGGAUGCGCUUAUGUUCCGACCGGAACGGUGGCUGGAGAGUUCAGAUCAGGCAAGUGCCCGGAAUGGGAAGAGUGAAUUGGAUCACUGGCUCGUUGCUUUCAGUCGGGGGCCGCGUAUGUGUUUCGGUAUGAACUUGGCUUGGGCGGAGAUGUACAUCGCUUUCGCGACUAUGGUUCGGAACUUUGACAUGACUAUUGACGGCACAACGGCCGAGGAUAUGCAAUGGCGAGAGUGCAUUGCAGCUUACUAUCCUAAUAGGCAUUUGCAUGCGUGGUGUCGGCCGGCUGGGCCCGGGAAGGUGAAGUAA